GAGCGAGGAGAGUACGAGCGUAGUUUCGAGUUUCUCACCCAGGUAUCUUUGGUAAAUGCUAGCAGCAGUCGACCUCCUGGCUUUAUGAGGUGGUGUAAACCCUUCUUCCUGCAGUGGCGGAAGUGGAGAUGUGCGUGCGACUCAACAACAAGAGGCACUGCCUGACGCUGCAGUCUCUGACUGGUCUGCUGCAAGUUCUCAUUGCCCUUCCCAUAAUCGUCGUCUCGUUCAUCGUUUUCACUCAGUCCUCUCUCGGAGGCGCUCUCUCUCCGUUCUGGGCCGGAUUUCUCUUGCUGAUUGCUGGAGUCGUGGGGUUACUGGUGAGACCAACGAAACUGGCAUCAGUGAUACUGGCUGACAUAAUAUUCAAUGCUCUAGCAAUCACUGCGUGUUUCCUGGCAGCUGGUAUGACUGGCAUCUACGGAACUUCAGUACAACUAGACAACUACGAUCAAUUGCAAGUGCUAGAGGGCAGUGGUGGAAGUGAAGGGGACUGCAUUUUUGCCGACGGAUCUCCUCUCUACUCCGAGAGCUUCCGUUCCUCCAUGGAGCCUCUGGACCGCCUGGUCCCUUCCUGCGAAGACCUGGAGUCCUACUGGAAACACCUGGUGUCGCUCAUGUCCCUGAGUAUCAUGGGACUCUUGGUUUCUCUCGUGGCCAUUGUCAUAAACUGUGUGACUCCGUGUGUAGAGGACAGAGCGGACAGCAUCACCUGGUAUCCAAAGACUGACGUUUGAGACAAUCCACUAUUAUUACACAGCACUCUAUCUUAACUGCAACAUUGUUAUGACCAACUCACAGAACACUCUGCUAUUAUACCAAGUUACUGAACACCAAUCACACAAGAAUAAUCUCUCUUUCAUCUUCUAUAAUUAUUAUAAUAACAAUUAUGUACGUCUUUAAAAACACACAAUUGCAGCAAAAGCACGAGUGACAGACAACAUUGUAUGCGAAGAUAACAAGUGAAAUGAAGGGGGGGGGG